UGUGCCAGUCAGCCAGAGCAUCGGGCCCCAUCUGCACGCCUCUCUCUCCCUCUCUCUCUCUCUGUCUGCUUUUAUCCGUGCAGCUCUCUCUCCCUGCCCCGCUCCUUCACUGCCAGUGUCGGCGGCAGCAGCAGCACUGUCACUUUCAGCACACCGGGGAGGAAAUGUACUGAUACUACGGAGCAGCCCGGGAGCGCAUCACCAUCUCCAUCAUCACCUCCAUCACCGUCACCGCAUCCCCCCUCUCGUCUUUUCGGGGCUUUUUUUUUCCCGGAUUGAUUCGCAGCAUCGCUCUCAAAUCGUUUGUGGAUUAUUGUUCCCUCCUCAUCGACGGAAAGUGUGACAUGGAGGAGUCCAGCUCUCAGAAGUUGGUGUGGGAUGGGGACGCCAAAGCGGUGCAGCAGUGUCUCACGGACAUUUUUACGAGCGUCUACACAACGUGCGACAUCCCGGAAAACGCCAUUUUCGGGCCUUGCGUGCUGAGCCACACGUCUCUGUAUGACAGCAUCGCCUUCAUAGCUCUGAAAUCCACCGACAAACGCACAGCACCUUAUAUAUUCAGGGUGGACACUUCAGCGGCCAACAGCACCUCGGAGGGCCUGAUGUGGCUGCGGCUGGUCCAGUCAGCCCGGGACAAAGAGGAGCAGAACCUGGAGGCCUACGUGAAGAACGGCCAGCUCUUCUACCGCUCACUCCGACGCAUCGAGAAGGACGAGGAGCUGCUGGUCUGGUACGGCAAAGACCUCAUCGACCUGCUGCUGCUCAGUUCCAGCAGAGUGCCUCCCAAAAGCAAAGGUUCAUCCCACCACUCCUGUCCGGACUGCAGCCAGCGGUUCCAGUUUGAGUUCCCUUUCUUGGCCCAUCUCCGGUUCCGUUGCACCAAGAGACUGCAGAGCAUUGCUGCAGCCGACGAGGAGCACAGCAAAGACAGCGGCACAGAGCGACCAAACGCAACCCCAACCAGGACCAGCCCGAAGGUAGUCCGCUCCGAAGGUUUCAGCAGUCCUCAGGACAACAAUAAACCCUCCACAGACUUUCACAACCUAGCCAGGGAUCUAGAGAACAACCGGACCAGCCCGCCGAGUGACAAGGAGGCCGAGAUCUGCAGCGAGAGCUCGGGCAAGAGGAAGUUCUCCGAAAUAGAGGACAGGGAGUGCAGAGGACCCAGCCUUCCGCAGUCCAAGUCUAAAGACGAGCUUGCAACGUCUGUGCAGAAUUACAGAGGAGCAUAUGGCCUAGAUGACAACCACCGGUCCUUCUCCCCACCAGGCUCCAUAGAGCUGGGGGAGGUGAAGCGCAGCGCCUUUACUGAGGUUAAGUCAGCCCAGCACUCCAAACAGCACAGCAGCAGCAAAAGUCUCCAAAGCUCCAACUCUGAAAACAAAGAUGGAGGUCGGCCCAGCAGCAACCCCUCGGAGAAGCACCUUAGCAUCAGGUCUGUGCUGUCAGAGACGCAGCCGCCCCAAAGCUCGCCCAUGGGCAGCGCUUUCACCUCCGUCAGCCAGCAAGGAGGUGGCAGUGGGGAGAGGAAGAGUGCCUUCAGUCAGCCAUCUCGCUCCUUUUCGCAGAUCUCACCACUGGUGAUGCCACCCAAGCUGCUGGACUGCCACCCAGCGGUGGGCGACACCAUCUCCUCCAACAGACUCUACCAGGCUGACCACCUUGCUGCCAAGCUGCAGGGUGCAGAACUGGGCGCCAACUGCCCCGUGCCGGGCGGCAUGGCCAAGCAGAACCCCUUUGUCUACGCCACCGCCUUCUGGCCCAAGAACUCCGGACCUAUCCAGCUUCAGAUGCCCUCAGCUCUCACCCUGCUGCCUCCCUCAUUCACCUCGCUCUGUCUGCCCGCUCAGAACUGGUGCGCCAAGUGCAACGCCUCCUUCCGCAUGACCUCAGACCUGGUUUACCACAUGCGAUCCCACCACAAAAAGGAGUACUCCAUGGAGCCUCUGGUCAAGCGGCGGCGCGAGGAGAAGCUCAAGUGCCCCAUAUGCAACGAGUCCUUCCGGGAACGGCAUCACUUGUCACGUCACAUGACCUCCCAUAACUGACUUUUUGAAACGAACAAGGACGAGACUUUUGUUUAACAUGGACGGAUUGUCAACCUGCCUGGAUUUAAGCACUCCAACUGGAAAUAGACCACUUAAAAACACAAGAACACCCCUUGCACUUACUUUCACUUUGGACUAUAAUCUUUGAAUUCCUUUUCUGUCUGUUUGCUUUUACUCCCCUGUAAAAACAAUUAAUGUUUUGGGUGUAUGCAAAUGCGUUUUGACUUCAAAAAUGAAUCUAUUUAUGAAAAGUUCACUUAAAAGUUUGAGAAUAAGGGAAGAUUUAAAUAUGUGUAAUUGUACAGUAAGUUGUAUUUUAUAUCAUAUAAAUACAAAUAUAGAGAAAAAUUACAAAUGUAGUCAUACAUCAUGGUUUACAACGCAGCAAGGUUUUUCAUGUCUACAACGAAUAUGGACACAAAUUGGGGAUAUUAUGUCAGACUAUAUUUCAGAGUGCAUGUAAUAUUAAAUGAUAUUGAUUUAAGAUGCAGUCUAUACAUUACAAUGUAAAUAAUUUGUUUUAUUUGAAAUACAAAGUGUAAUAUUUUGUGUCAGUGGGGAAUAGUUUCAGUGUUUCUUCCUUUUGCGGGAAUUUACUACUUGAUAGUUUAUCUAAUCAUGUUGAAUGCAUUGACAAUAAAAUAGCUUUAUUUUCAAA